GGGACUGUCUUUUGCCUCUUUUUGUAUCCUCAGAGCUUAACCCAGUGCCUCUUGGAAGAAGCCUGUACUUCAAGCAAAGAUAAGUUACUUGGUUUUGGCAGAAAUACGAAUAACAUAUACUGUACAGCAGUUACUGAAGAAUUCUCCUAGCUCUCCACACUUGUUGAAGAAGGGCAUGGGGAAAUCAACCACUGAUUGAAUAACCUGCUGUAAGCCCACGUGAUGGGCACAGAGGACUGGCUACGUUCUUCAAUGUCUCUAUGUCCAUAAGCCUUAGCAAUGGGCUAUGAGGAAUGAGGAAACUAUAGGACCACCAACUCCUUCUGGUGAAACACGGAGCAAGCUACAAUCACCACCAUGUGCACCAAAAGGUCAUCAUUGAAAGGGUCAUUACUGCUACUGCUGCUAAUGUCAAGCCUCCUCCUGUCAAGGAGUGUGGAAUCUCUUCCCAUCUGUCCCAGUGGGGCUGUCAACUGCCAGGUGUCCCUCAGCGACCUUUUUGACCGUGCAGUCAUGCUCUCUCACUACAUCCACUCUCUUUCCUCAGAAAUGUUCAAUGAAUUUGAUGAACGGUAUGCCCAGGGCAGGGGAUUCAUAACCAAGGCCAUCAAUAGCUGCCAUACUUCUUCUCUUUCUACUCCUGAAGACAAAGAGCAAGCUCAACAGAUCCACCAUGAAGACCUUCUGAACUUAGUGCUUGGGGUCCUGCGUUCCUGGAAUGAGCCCCUGUACCAUCUGGUCACUGAAGUGCGGAGUAUGCAAGAAGCCCCUGACACCAUCCUCUUGAAAGCCAUGGAGAUUGAGGAGCAAAACAAACGACUUCUAGAAGGCAUGGAGAAGAUUGUGGGUCAGGUUCAUCCAGGUGACAGAGAAAAUGAGGUCUACUCUGUCUGGUCAGGACUUCCGUCUCUGCAGAUGGCUGAUGAGGACACACGUCUCUUUGCAUUUUAUAAUUUGCUACACUGUCUACGCAGAGACUCACACAAGAUUGACAACUACCUGAAGCUCCUGAAAUGCAGGCUUAUUCAUGACAGUAAUUGCUAAGGCAACAUCUCCCUUGUUCCUCCCCAAAAUAGUCUCACUGCCCUUGCUGAUCCCUCCCUUGAGGAGAUCUUUGGCUUUCUUGCUUCAUAAUGUAUGCUUUUCUGAAAUGGUUCUCCUAUUAAAAAAAAACAACAACAACAAAAACAAACAAAAAGAUAAAACAAAGACUGGCAUUCCUAGAGUACUGUAAUUGGCUACUUCACCUUAAAGACACAUAAAGCCAAUUUGCCCAAAUUCAUUGAAUGGCAAAUCAGUAGUAAAACUGCUAUUACCCUCUAAUGAUUCAUGUCAGCUAUACCAUUAAAGGAUUGAGAACCACACUUGCAUAUUAGACAAAUAAACUAUUGCCAAAGAAUA